AUGAAAGCAGUGGUAUUCAAGGGACCGGGGAAGGUGGUGAUUGAAGAUAGGCCAAUUCCAAAGAUUCAAGAUGCCGGAGAUAUCAUCGUCAAAGUUGAAAAGACGGCAUUGUGCGGCAGUGAACUGCACGUUUUCCGCGGCCAUCAACCAUCUGCUACCGAUUUUGUGAUGGGUCAUGAGUUUACUGGCCACGUUCACGAAGUAGGUUCAUCGAUUAAGACACUCAAAGUCGGGGAUCGUGUUGUUUCGCCAUUUACAACCUCCUGCGGCGAAUGUUUCUACUGUACCCACGGCUUCUCUUCGCGAUGUGUCAAGAGCCAGCUGUUUGGCUGCCCUGCCCUAGAUGGCGGCCAGGCGGAAUAUGUCCGAGUCCCUCUAGCCGACUCGACGGCCGUCAAAGCACCAUCGGGCAUCAAAGACGAGGCCCUAGUUCUUAUGGCAGAUAUAUUUCCAACAGGCAUGUUCGCAGCUAAGAACGGCUUCCAAUACUCCACGCCAGAGGAGAUCAAGGACAGUGUCGUCGUGCUCAUUGGCUGUGGCCCUGUAGCUCUCUGCGCACUUUGUAACAUCACCGACUAUAAGCCAAAACAUAUCCUCGCUGUUGACUCUGUUCCCUCUCGCCUGGAACUCGCCAAGUCCCUGGGUGCAGAGCCCUGGAACUUUCAAACUGAUCGCGAGGGCCUGGACAAACGUGUCAAAGAGCUCACAGAGGGUCGCGGUGCAGACAUUAUCAUUGAAGUUGUCGGACUUUCGCCUGCCCUUCGCAUGGGUUAUGAGCUUGUCCGACCUUGGGGUGUCAUCAGCUCUGUCGGUGUGCAUAAUGGCGAGAUACCCUGGACCGGCAAUGAAGCAUACAACAAGAACGUUAGGAUCCAGAUGGGAAGGUGUCCGGUGAGAAGUGUGUUCGAGGAGGCUUUGGAAAGCUUAAAGCGGCAUCAGGAAAAGCUUGGAUUCAUGGCUGACAAGAUCAUGCCACUAAGCGAAGCCCUUGAAGGUUAUGACUUGUUCGAUAAGAUGAAGGUGCAGAAAGUUGUUUUCGAGGCGCAGAACUUCCUCCCAGCAUCUGCAAUCUUUGUGAAUACGGCAAGGCUCGUCCGUCUCGCUAAGAGAAGCUACAUCUGCCGCCCUAAUAUUGCUCAGACCCAGGGCUUCGUCUCCCUCCGUCACCUUACCUCCACUCUACCUGCACGCUCCAAACUGGUUCAGACAACACUCCUCUCUUCUCUUCUCCCACCCGUCCCCCAACCCUCCUCUCCGCUCACACCUACCCUUGCUCCCCCCUCUCAUCUACCUGUUCGCUAUCCCGCACCGACCACCUCCCCCGCCACUUCCGUAAUCGCCAAGUUUCGACCCGUCCUCCUCACCCUCUCCACCCCACUGCACCUAGGUCUCGUUUCCGUCUCCACAACACAACUUCGUCUCUUCGCUUCCCUGGACCAUCUCCACAACAUGUCCUCAGAAGAGCCCCAACCCGGUCCCGGUCAAGAUGCCAGCCGCGUCGCCGACCAACUGGACCGCCUCAACAUCGACGGUGAGGGCGAAGUAGCCCCGCGCACCGAAGAGGAAUACGCCGAGUCGCAGCUCACCCUGCGAGCCAUUGUUUCGUCCAAGGAGGCCGGUGUCAUUAUUGGCAAGGCGGGCAAGAACGUUGCUGACCUGCGCGACGAGACUGGCGUGCGCGCCGGUGUCAGCAAGGUCGUUCAAGGUGUUCAUGACCGUGUCCUCUCCGUCACUGGCAGCCUCUCUGGCAUCGCCAAGGCAUAUGGCCUAGUCGCCAAAGGUCUGCUCGAAGGCGCUCCUGCAAUGGGCAUGGGCGGCGUUAUCCGCACGGACGGCACUCAUCCCAUCCGCCUGCUCAUCUCGCACAACCAAAUGGGUACCAUCAUUGGUCGCCAGGGCCUGAAGAUCAAGCAGAUUCAGGAUGCCUCUGGCGUUCGUAUGGUUGCGCAGAAGGAGAUGCUCCCCCAGUCCACCGAGCGCAUCGUCGAAGUCCAAGGAUCGCCUGGCGGUAUCGAGAAGGCUAUCUGGGAGAUUGGCAAGUGCCUUAUCGACGACUCCGAGCGCGGCUACGGUACUGUCCUCUACAAUCCUGCCGUCAGGGUUCAGCCUGGCGCUGGCCCCGUCCCACUAUCCAACGGUGGUGGUGCACCUAGCGGUGGUAUGGGCGGACGCUCGUACAACCGCACUGGUCAUGGCGCUGAUUUCAGUGAUUCGCCUCCUGCCUUUUCCCGACGAUCUGGCUCCGAUGCCGCGAGCAGGCCUCCACCCCCAACGCAUACCGAAGAUGGCGAAGAGAUGCAGACUCAGAACAUCAGCAUCCCAUCUGACAUGGUUGGCUGUAUCAUUGGACGCGGCGGUAGCAAGAUCAGCGAGAUUCGCAAGACCUCCAACGCCCGUAUCUCCAUUGCGAAGGCACCCCAUGACGACACUGGCGAGCGCAUGUUUACCAUCACUGGUAGUGCCAGUGCUAACGAGAAGGCGCUCUAUCUUCUCUAUGAGAACCUUGAGGCUGAAAAGAUGCGUCGCAGCCAGGCCCAGGAGUAG